AGUAUAAACUGUGGGUGCGUCAAUGUAGGCUGCCGACGAAAUGGUAGCAGGCCAAGGAAGAAAAUUUAGCUCAACUUGCGUUUAAUCAACAACAUUGCUUUGUGCAAAAGGCCAGUGUAGAAAGGUAGCAAUACAACUACAACAGCGAGUCACCUCUGACAAGAACAACCGCGUCCCUUUCAGCAAACCCAACAACCAACGGGAACAUGGUUCGUGAUGAAAACGAAGAAAAACUGUGAGGCUGCCGAAGACGAUAUCCAAGACGGUGGCCAGUGAAUGGCGACAAAAGACGAUGCUAAAGGCGAUAUAUGAUUACUUUUACGAGUGCGUUAAAAUUUACGAAAUACAAAGCAUAAAACAAGCUGUAGUGACAAAAGGGAAAAUAUUAUAUCAAGCGCAGUUGCAGUCCUACCGCUAGUUCCGGAUCAAGUGGAAGCAUCCUAGAUGCUUUGAUCAAACUGUUUGCAACUAGCAAAGCAGGCGUGAUAAAUUGCUGAAACGUUCAGUAGUGUUCGAUUGGCCAACGCAUAAGCAUAGUCUGAGAACAAAAUAAUUUGGAUACAGCAGUGAAGGUGACGGGCCUUUUGGAACUAUGGAGGACGAAUUGAGCGAUGGAGACAUCGUGUGGGUGAAGGUGAGCAACAGCUGGUGGCCGGGAGAGGUGAUGGGCGAUUCACGCCUGUCCGAAGAGUUUCUUUCGUCACUUCGGAAAAAGCCACUGGCAGUGGUGAAAUUUUUCCAGGAGGAUUCCUAUGAGUACGUAAAGAAUCCCAAUUUUAUCUUCAAGUAUAAUUGUCCUCGCAAGAACGAGUUUCUGCGCAAAGGUUUAGAGCAAUAUCGUGCUAAAAUGAAGCACAUGGAAAAAUUUCCAUCGGAUGUGAUGCACGCCGAACGUGUAACGGGGGGUGAUCCGGAUAUUGUUAACUUAACCGAUUUCCAGCCACAGAAAAAGGAGCGCUAUUCAGGUUUAUUUCAAGAUGGACGUUCGUCAAUGGGCAAAGGAAAAAGUCCAAAAGAAAAACCAAGCACUCCCUCGAAAACAUUUGGAACGCCUAUUUCGUUUGGAUCCAGUCGUAAAACGAUGCAUGAGGUUAGGAUUUUAGCGCAACCUUCUAGUGUACCGGCGGACAGUGAUGUUGGCACAACCUUACCAGCAGAGAACGUGUCUCUUACUGGAUCACAAUCGCUACUAGCUUCUCCUGGCCAGGUGUAUCAUUGUUACAAGUGUAACAAUUACAGUGCCAAUCGACAAAAUCUGAUCAUGCUGCACAUAAAGCAUUGUCGAGCAAGCUACACAGCCCCUAGUGGAUUAUCUUCUUCAUCCAUCACAACACCAACGGUACCAACUCGUAAAGUUUCGUACGAAAAAAUGGACGAAUCGGCCGAAGACGAUGACCUCGAACCGGAGAGUAAAAUCGAACAGCCUAGGCGACCGUUACCUACAACAAGCAAGACAAAAUCGUUUGGAACACCUUUCCGGAAUGUAGAACAGUUGGUUCCCUCUAAGGUUGAACCGUCCAGUGAAAAACGAACGAGAGGAGGUCGCAAAACAACAGCUUUGAGCGAAACUCAUAAGCAUAAGAAGACCGCUCGUCGAAGAAAUAAACGGAGUCAAUCACCAGAGCAGGACGAAGACGUAUCGACCGUGGCCAAACUUAACGAAACGGAAGACAAUCGUUCGUCGGUGAAAGUUGAUAAACAAGCGGACAGACAGGAAGAUGAUGGCAAUCGACGGGAUAAAGCAAAUGCGGUAAGCGUUACAACGAGCCGUGAGGAAUCAACACUCGUUGGCAUCAAGAAUAACACAGACGUGAAGCUUAAAAACGAAUUGCUUGCUGACUGGAGCGAAGAUGAACAGGAAGAAGACGAAGGUGCUAAGGGACAGCAGGUGGAUAUGCACUUAGAGGAAGAUAUUCCCGCUGCUGAACAGAAAAUUGGUCCACCAAAAGAUUCUCCACCUGUUAAAACGGUAAAACCAGGAGGCACCAAAAAACAACAAAAAGAAACCAAGCAGGAAAGCAUGAAGCAGACACUGUUAGCGAAGAAAGCGACAAAAAUGGAGGCCAAAAAUGAUGCAAGCACAGUACACGAAAACGAGGAAACCGGUAAAGUAGAGGAAGCGAAAAAAGAUCUGGAAGGUUCGCUGGAGGAUAGUUCAACGGUAGCAGCUGUACAAGUCGUUACAGUUUCAGCAAUAUCCUCUACUAGUGCUACUACAAUAGCUCCAACUGCCGCUACAGUCGCUCCAACCUCAUCACCGCAUGCUACGAUUAAGUAUAGAAACAUCCCGAAAAAGCAAAAGCGUGAAUUCGUCGAGGUCACGAAUGAUGACGUAUCGAUGGUACAGGAAAAGCACACGGUACCAUCGCGUGAAGGAAGUACGGCCAGCAGUUCCUCAACAACUGGUUCCAACGAACUGUGUAUUGGAAAUUCUCAGUCUUCGGCGCCCGCAUUGGCAACCGAGCGCCCCAUUAGUGCUAAGCAGCUGAUACUGAACCGAGCUACCCGGGGAUCUAGUAAAUCCUUAAGUGGAGACGAAAAUACUACAACUACUUCAAUUUCCGCUGAAGACGGUGGUUCAGCGGUCAACAGCACAGAAGGCAACGCCAACAGGGAACAAAAAUCUCAGUUAGAUGACGCGAAAAAGAAAACGGAGUCUUCCUGUUUCGAUUUUAACGAGGAUGAAGAAGAGCGACAACAGCAAAGAGUGUCACAUACGUCUACGACAAUGACAAUGUCGCGAUUAGAUCGCAAACUAGAUCCAGCGGUACGUCAGAAAUCUAUUCCGCUUGAUUCAGAAGCGCAAGAAGCCGAUCGGGAUGUAAAACUGAGUCAAGAAAUUGAUUCGUUACUGUGUGAAAUGGAUGUACCGAAACUACCCGAAGCUUUGAGUGACGUAAUGGCAGUCGUGUCCGAUAAAAUUGACUGCAAUCGUACGCUACCGCCAAAGGAACGAGGCAAACGAAUUUUUAAAACGCGUAACAAAACUGUAGUGAUGACUUCACCUUCGUUGUCACCUAAUCGCAUCGACAACAGUGGUGAAGUCAUUCCAGAAUGUAUUAAUCAAGCAGAGACGGUGCCAGAGGUCAUUGUUGAGUCGCAUCCAGCUGCGAGCACUGUAGCAAAGGAAAAGAGUAAUAAGAAGCAACAAACAUACGAAGAGGAAAAACGUAUUGCAAAGGAUAAGAACGAUCCGAAGAAAGAAGAGGAUCAUCAGAACCCUUCCGUCACGUCGUCGGCAAUGACUGAAGAGAUGAUAGCAAUGGAUGUAGAUCAGCAGCAAUCUGCGAAGAAAAACCGAAAAUCUGAUGAAGUACUACUGCCGGACAGCAGCGGCAAUGGUGAUGCGCCGUUAUCGUCAUCUGUGCGCCGCCAACGUGGCAAGGUGGGUAAAAGUGUUACGGAAACGACGGAAAAACCGAGCGAAUCCGCAUCGUCUUCACGCAAAUCGAAAAGAAAUCGUCGGGAUGUUGCCUCCUUGCAGGAAACCACCCCAUCCAUCCCGAUCACUAACGAUAAGGAUGCUGAUGAGAGCAAUAUCACGGAACGUGUUUCCAAGAAAAUGGUCACGAAUGCUACUUCUUCUUCUUCUGUAACGACUGCUACAGUUGAUGAAACAUUUGCUGACGGCAACACGGUAAUGAAUGAAGCACCACCAUUAAAGAAGCAAUCCGUCGAAACCGUUGUAACACAUUCGCAACCGAGGAAGGAGGAAAGCGUACUGACGAAAAAACCCCCACUCACUCCUCCUAUCUCGAUGGCAUCAAAGCCAACAGCGACGGAUCUGCAAGUGGCGGAAGCAUUAAUCAAUCUUCCUGUUACUGCAUCAGUUCUGCCUCCGGUGACUAGUAGCAGCAGUACAGAUAAAGGUCGCGAAGUAAAAAAUGUACCGAUGAAAAUGAACGAUGCUGGAGAACAACCAAAGGAACCUAAUAAAGUGGCCAGUUCCUCCCAACCAAUAUCGUCCAUUGCGGCAAUAGUAGGACAAAACGCUCCAACUACCAACAGCAGCAGUAGCUUGGUCAAGAGUAUCAACCCUCGUAAGCGCCAUCUUCAAUCGAUGAUGCUUACUACGACAGAGACGACAAACCCACAUUCAAAGACAAUGAUCAUUGCGGUCUCACCUGACAUGUCCAUACCAUCGUUGCCGAAAUCCACGGUAGAAGACGAAACAGCCACUACGAAUGUCGCGGUGUCCACAAAGCAAGACUCUUCAUCCAUUCCAGAGAAGAAUAAACAAAAUGAAUCAACAUUUGCCGAGGAGCAAACAAAGGUGUUGACGGAAAACGAUAAGUUCGACAUCAACAACAUGCCAAUUGUGAUGGAUGAUUCGGAACUGUUGGUGGAUGAAAUGCCAUCUAUGGUUACUGCUGCCGCCAACUCGGUGAUAAAAGGUGUUAACGGCGGCGGAAGUGCCACCAAGAUUGAGUCAUUACAAUCGGCGACAAUGACCUCCUCGAGAGACAAACGGCAAACUACGAUGGCGACUGUGAAAGGUAGUCGUCCCUCCAAGGAGCAAAUUGUGAUAACGAGCAAAGGAACCGUACUAACCGCCUCGACGACAAGCGUAAGUGUUGCGUCGAAGUUUUCCUCCAAACCAUCGGUAUCUGUGACAAGCGCCAUUACGCUUGGUUCCAGCAGUCGGCCCGCUAGUACAACGUCGACGCUACCACCGAACGGUUCUCAACAAACAGUGACCACAUCGCCACCAAAAGCUGCUUCACCGGUAACUACACAAUUAGUAGCACCAAAGAUCAUUCUCGCAGUGAAUCAACUACAUACCACUGCAGGACCCUAUGGGUCAAUUAUCGUGAAGUCCGAUGGAAAAGAAAGUGGCAAGCCGAAGGCGCAAGAUCGUAGGGCCUCCGGUGAUGAUGCAUCGUCCUCCGUCUCUUCAUCCUCCGGCAGCGAUGGGAGCAGUAAGAAAAGUCACCGCGUUCUUAGGCUUACGCCGCAAAAAUUAAAGGAAUUUAGCCGGCUUGGUUACAUAGAGGAUCGGCAAGGCAAGGGCAAAAUGCUUACCAAAAGUGGUAUGCGUCAACUGUACGGGAAGCAAGCGCACCUAAAACAAUUGCAGCCCACAACGAAAAAGAAAGCCGUACCAAUAUCUACGAAGCUCAUUACAACGACGGAAGGUGCUGAUGUGGUUGUGGGAUCAAAUAGCACUAAUAGUGAUCGGGCAUCUCUCCCCGAGGUGGCAUCCUCUGGUAGCAGUGUGGUGAUCGCGGCUGCAGCCGAUUCGUCCGUGCAAGAAUCAUCUGCUACAACUGUUCGCACCGUGAUGGCGGAACCAAGUGUGGCAAACGUCGAUGAGGAAGAGGAAAUGCUUGAUCAGCAUAAUAAGGUAAGCACGGAAAUGGAACUUCCCGCUUCGUCACUCGUCGCCCCAUCCGGAGCUACCAUUCUGCUGGAAAGUUCCCCAUCUAGCAGUGGAACCGGCCCAGCAGAAGUGAUUCUUGGUUCGACAGCCGAGCUAACCAUGGUUGGUGGUUCGAUGACGGAAGCAAGCAGCAGCAGCGGACCGUCGACGGCAACCGGUAGCGGAGGAGUGCAAGAAUCCUCCCAGCUAGUGGCUGUAACGGCUGAGAAUUUCGGUGGUCCGCCACAUCUUUUUUACCUCUGCUCGGUGCGUGAUGAAACCUUCGUGCGCGUCAACGAUGAGCUACUCUACCUGGAUGCCUCAAAUCAGCUUGUUGCUCUACCCGAACAACAUCAGCAACAUCCAUCCCAGCAGCAAGGACAGCAUCAAAGCCAACAGGUGGCCGGCACACUGAACGAAGAUAUUAUCCAUCAGGCGGAGGUAAUCCUACCCACUAUCGGCAGCAAUGGAGCGGAUCUGUCUGGAGAUGGUUCUGGCGAAGUUGGAGGUAAUGCAGCCAUUGUUGAUGCGACUGGCGCGGCGGUAAACGAUGGUACGCAGCAAAGCUUUCUGCUCAACACGCAAGAUGGGCAGCAUAUAAUUCUCGACCAGCAGAGCCUCAUGGCGUUGGCGGCCGGCGGUGAUGCAUCGCACAUUAUAACUGCGGACGGCCAGCAGAUAGUACUGCAAGAAACGGCCCAGGAAUGGUUAGCGGCACUAUCUGCUAGCCAGCAGCAACAGCAAACCGGAACUGUUAGCACGCUGGUUACACCGGAAGGGACGCAAAUCAUUGUGGCGCAUGAAAACGCUGGACUGAUUGAACUGCAAGAACAUCCAGUGUUACUACCAACGGAGAUAAUGCAGGUUAAUCCCAACACGACGAUCGAAACAAAUGCUGUACUCACGAAGCCACCGAUCAUGUCGACGGUUGAGGUACCGACCAAGAACGGUAUCGAAUCAGCAAGCCGUGCGUCGGAGAAAAAAUCGGCCACCGCAGUAUCAAGCCGGAUGGCGAGCUCCAGCACCAUGGCAGCUCGAUCAGUGUCCGGCUCAUCAUUAUCAUCCGCGAUCGCUACCGGCACGACCUCGAAUCUCGAUGAAACGUUGGCGGCAGUUAUUGGUCACGUACCGAGCAAUCCGCACGUGCCGACCUCGCUCGAGCUACCAAUAACCGUCACCAAUCCGGUGAUUGCGAAAACGAGUACAGCCAGCAGCAGAAUUAACGCGGCACUUUUCCCCCUCACGACUACGGCCACGACCGUUUCUUCCCUUGCCGACACAAUACCAGCAGCUGCGGCAGCCGUGGUCCUAGUGUCCGGUGCGGAAGUCUCAGGUACGAUCGAUCGUGUUCCUUCCACAUCUUCAUUAGCAGACCUUCCGCACUGUUCCUCUCCCAUCUCCCAUCCCGACAAGAAAGGUAACGGUGAUGGGCAAACGUUCGAUGACGACGAAACAGAUGCGGUUCUGGAGGGUGAUGAGAAACCAUACCCACCAACGGCUGAACCGACGAUUGCAUCGUGUACGGAGCAGGACGAUAUUCAAAUUCCAAACACACCGGAAUCGCAACACAACAGCGAACGGCACCAGCAGCAGCUCGGUGAUGAAUUUAGCGAUGAUGGUGAAUGUGAGGACGAUGCACAAAACGACACCCGUAACCAUCUGCUAACAGACGAGGAUGAGGCGAACUCGAACUGUAGCGAGAUCAUUGCCAUCCAACCGAAUGUGGUGGUGCUGGAUGCUGCACUGUUGCUCAACAGUCCCCCGAACGAUGACGGCAUUGACGAUGAGAUGGAAAACGAUAGCGAAGAGGAGGAACACAACGAAAUGGUAGUGCAAGAACGGUCCUUCUUCGAACAGCAACCCCUACAACAGCCCCAACAUCGGUCGCGCAAUGUGGCCGCACGGUCAACAAACGGAGGUGGCAAUGAUGGCCGCCCGGAAACGUUGAACCUGGCUGAACAUCAUAAUAGUAGUAAUAACGACAGUGGUAUUGAUACUAGUGGUGCCGUAUGCGAAGGCAGCGCAUCAUCCGGUGCUGCUCGUGAAACUGGUCCCGUCGUACGUCGAACGAUCGUCGAACGAUAAAUGGUCCGGAAGGUGAAUUGGAGAGUUGUUUCUUGCUCUCUUUUUCAUUGAUCGUACGAAUCUACAAACACGGAUUUUCGUGCUGAAUGGAUCGUGCGAAAGUGUAGUGGGUAAUAUCUGCGGACAAUAUUUAUAGAUUCCUUCAUCUGCUAGGAAGGGUAUCUUCUUCUUUUCUGGCACUACAACCUCAAGUGGUCAUGGAAUGCCAUUUCUGGCUUUCCUAGACUUCAUUUACCCGUAGUAGGAUAGUCAGCCCUGCUUAAGGGGGUACACGCUCCGGGUGGGAUUUGAUGCACGGUGCUGUCGUGUAGAGACUGGCGCCGCUACCAUCUCUACCGUGCUAUCGGACAAAAGGAAGUGUAUCACCUAACAGAAGUUUGGUUAGAUUUGAUGGCCCAAUAUCCCUAGAAUUGCCUCAAACGAGAACACAACACAAGCCGUGUUACAAUGUAUGAUCAAUAACAGAUCGGUUAAGAAAAGCCUAUUUCACAUUGUACAUUUUAAAGUUAGAUCAAACCACGUGAACAUGUGUUUUUGUUUUUAUAGUUGGCUUCUAACGUGUGGCAAACGCUACCAGAUGUUCGUUCGCGCGUAGAUUGAACGUUUUAGUAAGAGUAUGAUUUUAGCACAUGCUUUUUAGAUGAGCGCUAGAGAAUAAGUAAGCUUUAGUACAUACCGAUAAGCCGCAUAAUGUACUUUCGUAAUGAGGCGGAAGUUUUUUUUUGUAAUUGCGUAAGGAGUAGUAUGAUUUUCUUGGGCAUCAAUAAUUUACGCUAAUUGUAAUGCCAGGGUCGAACGUUGAACCGCGACAAGUUUUCGAAGCAAGGAACAAAAGCCAACAAUAUUAUAGGUGAUUGGCUCUUUACUAUCACAUACUAUCGUCGAAUACUGCUUACUUUUAUGAUACAACAAAUCGAACAGAAAUGCUAGAGGAUGUUAGUAGUUUGAUUGCGAACAACACAAUUUUAAACGCAGCUGCAGCUUAUCAAAAGCUGUGUCAACACCUCGGGCGGCGCGGUACGAUCUUCGCGACGAAUGCGAAGGCCUUCUUGUAUAGAUCGUGUUCUAGAUUUUAAGAUUUUCGGUAGAGGUUAAACUACGCCCCAUGGUAGGAAAUGGCUUUCCAUCCUGUAUACUGUAUUGCAAUGAAACAAAAAAAAAAAUAUUGUGAAGCUUUGUAAAAAUGCAUACAAAUAAAUGUUAGUCAUUUCAAUCCUUA